AGUCUAGCACUCUACAACUUUGAGCCCGAAAACGACAACGAACUGCGACUUGUGGAGGGCCAGACGAUCUUGGUCAGCUAUCGGCAUGGACAAGGGUGGCUGGUCGCCGAAAAUCCGAAGACGGGAGAGCAGGGUCUGGUGCCGGAGGAGUACGUGAGACUGUUGAGG